ACAUAAAAUUCUUGAUCAAUGGGAACAAAAUCCCACUGACCAACUUUCCCCCUUCCAAGAAUCCGAAAAAAUAACGCCCCCUUACUAAUAACUAGUCACCCCACUGUUUUCUACGCUUCCAACGUUUUUGCCAAUCUUCCCUCUCGUUUCAAAAAAUGGAGGCUACAGCUUUAUCGAAUUCGCUAUUAUCUCCUCUUCCUUCUCAUUACUCGCGCCCUCACAAGACCUUCGACCAUGUUUUCUUACCUUCGUCGCCGGCUUCGUUUCAAGGAAUAACCUUGUCGCAUCGAAUCCCCAUUUCCAAAAAUGGAUAUUGUUUCCUCUUUUCUGUGUUGAAGAGUCGAAGUAAUCUUGUCAUUCAAUGUUCUGGAAAUCAUGUAGAUAGCACAGAAAAGGAAGCUCCGAUUGAAAAGAUGUACCCGGCAUUUCCAACUGUCAUGUAUAUUAAUCAAAUUCGCGAGAUUUUGCCCCACAGGUUUCCGUUCCUCCUGGUUGAUAGAGUGAUUGAAUACAACCCUGGAGUUUCAGCUGUUGCUAUUAAGAAUGUAACUAUAAAUGAUAACUUCUUUCCUGGACAUUUUCCUGAAAGGCCGAUUAUGCCUGGCGUUCUUAUGGUCGAGGCAAUGGCUCAAGUUGGAGGGUUGGUGAUGCUGCAACCAGAAGUGGGUGGCUCUCGUGAAAAUUUCUUCUUUGCUGGAAUUGAUAAAGUGAGGUUCCGGAAACCUGUUGUUGCAGGGGACACAUUGGUUAUGCGAAUGACACUUGUUAAACUGCAAAAACGCUUUGGAAUUGCAAAGAUGGAAGGAAAGGCAUAUGUUGGAGGUGAGGUGGUUUGCGAGGGCGAGUUCUUGAUGGCUACUGGUGGCGAAUAACGAGAAUGUUUGUAAGUCUGCUUGUCACAUUUACAGAGAUUGCUUAACUUUGAUUUGCACUCCCCCAAUAAUGGCCCAAAAUAUAUCAUUACUGAUGCAAGUCAUAGUGGCAACCUGAAAUUUUACUUUGUUAGAAUGUGCAUGUGUCAAGAAUGGAUUUCCUGCAGAACCUUCUUCAAGUUAUAUUCUUGGCAAUUCUUUACUGUUUGGCUUCCUGCAGAAGCCAAAUGUAUGCUUCACAAAAUGGCCUGGUUGUGGUGUGUAGAAUGUAGAAAACAGUAUUUUGUUUUGUUUUGUAUUUCUUUCUUUUUUUUUUUUGUUUUUGUUUUCGGGGCUAGUGGUCGUGUUUGCGGAGAAAUAGAUUGAGAUCUGGCUUCUGGGAA